AUGUCUAGCCUUACGCGGCCACUGUCAACAGGAACACCAGAGAGUAAACGGCGAUUUGAGCGCGACUGCAAGGAGGCGGAGCGAGCUCAACACAUCUCAGACAGAAUCGAGCUGGACAAGGCGGAUGGAGAAAAGCGCUGCUCUCUGAAGGCUCGCCAAACAGCUCAGCAGAAACAACAGGCUGCUGAGGAAUCCAGGAAAGAUUAUGUCACCAUUUUAAACCAGUUUAACAAGGACCAGCACCAGCACUACCGCACUCUGGUACCAGUCAUCUACCAGCGUAUUCAGGACAUGGAGGAGCGGCGCAUUGAACGAAUCGCUGAAGCGAUGCGUUUAUCUGCUGAGUCGGAAAGGAAAGUGCUUCCUGUGGCAAGUCGCUGCCUGGACGCCAUGAUGGACGCUGCUGAAAGCAUUCAGCCGAGGAAAGACACUGGCCAUGUUGUGGAGGUUUAUAAAUCCGGCUUCGACCCUCCAGGUGACAUUGAGUUUGAAGACUACAGCGCCACCAUGAGGCGGAGCAUCUCUGAAUCCAGUUACCUGGACAACCGGGCUGAAGGCCGGAGACAAAGCAGGAAGCUUUGGCCAUUUUUACGUAAAAAUAAGAUUUAGAUCCAUCUUCUUCAG